AUGACCUUAGAGCGUUACUGUCGGCUCCCAACACAGAAGCCCAGGAUCCUCACAGUCAGGGCGAGCAAAGAGCAGGAGUUCACAGCCCCAGGAGGACACGGACUCCACAGGCUCAGGAGGCUACAGAGCGAGCUGCACGUGGAUCUGGAGGCUCUGGUGGUGGACACAGCUGCACCCACGAGGCCCACCCAGAGCAAGUGCAGACCUCCCCCCACCUUGGUGUUGACCCCCAUUGGGGUGCUGGCCUCUGCACUACCAUCUGACAUGCUCGUCUGUGGUCCCCAACUGGGGUUGGCGUCCAUCGCCAUGCUAGCCUGCCUCCUACUUGUUCGUUGCCCUUUUAAGGUUUUAGAAGGGAAGACUCCAUCUUUAACAAGGAGGGAGAAGGGAGGCUCUGCCACCGGCCAUCAGCUGCUCACCAGCACCCAGAAGAUGACCAGCCUGUGGGUCUUCACCUGCCUCGGUGCCUUUCUGGGAGCCAAAUUGGUCCCAGUCACCUCUGCCCCGCCUGCGGUGCUCACCCUGGGCCCAGAAGUCAUCAAUGAGAUGCUGACUGAGCAACUGAAGGACCAGGGUGCCACAACCAUCCUCCAUAAGCUGCCCCUGCUGAGCGCCAUGAGGGAGGAGCCCAGCGGGGGCAUUCCCCUGCUGGGCAGCCUGGUCAGCUCCGUCCUGAAGCACAUCAUCUGGCUGAGGGUGACCUCUGCGAGCAUCCUCCAGCUGCAAGUGCAGCCCACUGUCCAAGACCAGGAACUGGUGGUCAGGAUCCCCCUGGAUAUGGUGGCGGGAUUCAACACGCCGCUGGUGAAGACCAUCGUGGGGUUCCACAUGGAGACCGAGGUCCAAGCCUUCAUCGGGGUGCAGAGCAGCCCUGACGGCCCCCACCGCCUGGUCCUCAGAGACUGCCUCAGCAGUCAGAGCAGCCUGCGCAUCAGCCUGCUGAACAAGCUGUCCUUCCUGGUCAACUCCUUAGCAGACAAGGUCAUAAAUCUCCUGGUACCAGCCCUGCCCCAGAUGGUGAAAGAGGAGCUGUGCCCUGUGAUCCAGACAGCAUUCGAUGGCAUGUAUGCAGACUUCCUGAAGCUGGUGAAGGCACCCAUUUUCCUCAGCCCUGGAUUGCUGAGAUUUGACCUACUGUCUCCUGCCAUCACAGGCAGUAACAUCCAGCUCAACCUGCAGGCCAAGUUGCUGGACUCAAAGGCCAAGGUGACCAAGUGGUUCAAUAACUCUGAUUCCUCCCUGGCACUGCCCACCCAGCGCAGAGCUCCUUUCAGCCUCAUCAUUAGGGAGGACGUGGUGAGCGAUGUAGUGGCUUCCAUACUCUUUCCAGAAGAGCUGAUGUUCCUGCUGGACUUCGUGCUUCCUGAACUGGCCCGUGAGCUGAAGAUGAGCAUUGAGACCUUCAACAAAACGGCCGCAAGUUUGCUGGGCCCUACCCAGAUCAUGAAGAUCGUUUUGAAGAACAGCCCCCAGAUCUUUCUGAGCCAGACUGGAGCCAAGAUGGCCCAACUGGUCACGCUGGAAGUGUUUGCCAGCAACAAAGACGUCCGGCCCUUCUUCACCCUAGGCAUCGAAGCCAGUUCAGAAGCUCAGUUUUAUGCUGAAGAUGACCGACUUAUACUCAACUUUAAUGACCUCAGUUGCAAUCGGAUACACUUGAUGAUCUCUGAUAUCAACUUGUUCAAUACGGACGUCCUGAAGAGUGUCCUCACCAAGGUCCUCAGCGCUACGCUGCUGUCCAAUGAGAAUGGAAAAUUAAGACAUGGGAUCCCAAUGCCAAUAGUGAAGACCUUGGGAUACGACAUGGCCUCGUGGUCCGUGUUCCAGAUCAUCUCUCGCAGUGAAGACGGAACGCUGGCCACCCAGGGUCAUCUGGGUCCCAGCAGGGAGCGUAGGAGCCAGCUCGGCUGA